AUGUAUAGACUAUAGUACAGUACACGUCGGACUUCGAUUCGCUGCUUUGGCCGUGUAUGCAUAGCGUCAUUUUAUCGUCAGCAUCAAUUAUAGCUCGGAUUGGGUGGUAGCAUGAGCAAUUUAGCAUAUUCCGUGUUAUCCUCAACCAUUUGGAUGUGGAAAUUCUGAUUCACGCCCCAAAAUGGUUUCCAUUUAAGGGAAAGAUGCGGCUUCUGGAGCGUUCCAUUUCGUUUUGCCUCUCCGGGAUCCCUCCUCUUCCUCCUCCCGACUUCCUUUCUUAUAUUUCUCCAAAUCUCCGCUUCCGGGUACGCCCUUUUCGGAGCAGAGCCACACGCAUUCGUUAUCAAGGAAGAAAUCAGCUGCAUACAAGAAGUUAUUGUGCUAUGGAUGGUAUUCGCUUGGAUGGCAAUACAACACAACUUGAGAUAGAUAAUGGUGCAUUUGGUGCUCAACGUUCCUGUAUUUGGUCAUCUCCAGGAGGGUGCAAAGUUGAUAUUGGAAAACAGAUCUUUUGUAAUAGAUCAUUGAACAUGAACAAUAUAGUUGCAGUUGGUUUUGACAUGGAUUACACUCUGGCACAGUACAAACCUGACACUUUUGAAUCUCUUGCAUAUGAAGGAACCGUAAAAAAGCUUGUUUAUGAUUUGGGAUAUCCUGAAGAGCUGUUACAAUGGUCCUUUGAUUGGAGCUACAUGGUCAGGGGUUUAGUUGUUGACAAGAAGAGAGGGAAUAUAUUGAAGAUGGACCGGCACAAAUACGUGAAAGUUGCUUACCAUGGAUUCAGGCAAAUGUCAAAGGGGGAUAAAAUAGCAACUUAUGGCAAUACUUUGAUACGAGAUUCAUUUGAUGAACCUGACUAUGCACUUAUUGAUACCCUUUUCUCCUUGGCUGAAGCAUACUUAUUUGCUCAACUAGUGGACUUUAAGGACAAUAACCCAGGAAGAAUUCCUGAAGAGUCUGACUAUGCUUGUAUGCACAAGGAUGUUCGUGCAGCUGUGGACUUGUGCCACCGUGAUGGAACCUUGAAGCAGACAGUUGCACAAGAUCCUAAAAGAUAUAUCAACGAUGAUACCUCAAUUGUUCCCAUGCUCAAAAUGCUUCGAGAAUCUGGGCGUGCUACCUUUUUGGUGACUAACAGCCUUUGGGACUAUACGAAUGUUGUCAUGAACUUUCUCUGUGGGCCCAAGUCAACAGAUUGUUGUUCAACUCUCACUUUUGAGUGGCUUCAAUAUUUUGAUGUUGUCAUUACUGGCAGUGCGAAACCAGGCUUUUUUGAUGAGGAAAAUCGUGCCAAUCUUUUUGGGGUUGAUCCUAAGACUGGGAUGCUUAUGAACACCGAUAAUGGGACUCCUAUGGCUCAGGUAGGGAGCACUUCCAUAAGAUUGCCAAUAGAAAGCUUAACCGAAGGAUGUAGAGUUUUCCAGGGAGGAAGUGUUGGCCAUUUGCAUAAAUUACUCAACAUUGAAUCAAGCUCACAGAUUCUUUAUGUCGGGGAUCACAUAUAUGGUGACAUCUUACGCAGCAAAAAGGCUUUAGGUUGGAGAACAAUGCUCGUUGUUCCCGAGCUUGAGAGAGAAGUUGAACUUCUCUGGGAGCUCAAGGAUACACGCAAGCAUCUUCAGUUGCUGAGGAGUGAGCGGGAUCACAUUGAAGAUGACAUAGAUCAUUUGAAGUGGCGUCUCAAGUCUCAAGGUGCUGAUGAUGCCGAGAAGGAAAGGCUGUCAUCCAAGCUUGUCGAACUGCAGUCACAUAGAGAGCAAGUGAGGGUCAUUCAUAAGCAGACUCAACGCGAAAGUCAUAAGAAGUUCCACAAGGUCUGGGGACAACUCAUGAAGACUGGCUAUCAGAAUUCCCGCUUUGCACAUCAGGUCGAGAGGUUCGCGUGUCUGUACACCAGCCAGGUUACGAAUCUGAGCCUUUACUCUCCUGACAAAUAUUACAGACCAAGCGAAGAUUUUAUGCCCCAUGAAUUUGAUAUCCUUUCUCUGUAAAAACGACAAAUGGAUUAUGAAUAUCGUCUGCAUUAGGGAACAAUUGAUUAUCCCCCGCCAUGAUUAAAGGUUUGGCCGAAUCAACAUUUCUGCUGAUUCUAUUGUAUUGGAACUGAAUCAUAUUUUCUUCUGUGUCAGAAUUCUCAUGAAACAAAGAACGAACUAGUUUGAAUCUAUACUCUUUGCUUUCGACAAAGUAUGAAUCAAUCAAACGUGCAUUGUUUUUGAUUA